CAGACACGGCAUUCGCACUGUCCCCUCAUUCGGACUACCGAAUGUGCCCCUCGUCCAUCCACUUCAAUUUCGAAGCAUAAGCGGGGCUUUGUUCGAUUCACUUCCCCCUCUCUCUCUCUCUGCAAAACUUGCAAGAAGAAUCGGAUCAGAGGAGUCAUGGGGGCGAGAGUCGGCCAUUGAAGCUUAAAGAAGCUUGACUGAGCUAUUGUAAUUAUUAUUUGAGUUUCGAUUUUGAAGCAAGUGGAGUUAUGGCAGAGGCUGUGGUUACUGCAACAGCCUCAGCGGUGGCUGUUGAAGCUUACAAGGACGGGAGAAGCUUAUUCGGUUACAUUAGCCGAAAGUUCGACUAUGCAAGUGCUUUUGAGGACAACUACAGAAGGUUGACUUACGAAGCUGGUAAGCUCUAUGCCAGGGGGGACGAUGUGAAGGCAGAGAUAAAUGCAAAUAAGACCAAAAGGGCUUCCAAGGAAUGUCAACUUUGGAUGUGCAGGGUUGAAGAGAUGGAAAGCGAGGUCAGCGAGCUGCAACUGAAGUACCAGAAAGAAAUCAAACGUCGUUCUGGGUUUCACCGUUUUCUGUCACGAUCAAAUCUUAGCAGAUGCAUGGCUAAGAAGUUCGAGGAAGUACAUGCUCUCAUGCAAGAAGGGAAGCUUGAUAAUGGGAUUCUCGUUGAUCGACCACCAGAUCAUGUUAGGAUUCUUGAUGCUCCUACCACUAUUGAUAAGCCAUCACUCCAUUGGGCGGUCGAAGAGAUAUUGGGUUUCUUGAGAGAGAAAAACGUGAAAAGAAUUGGACUAUGGGGUAUGGUUGGAACAGGAAAAACUACAGUCAUGCAGAACUUGAACAAUAAUGAGCUGGUUGCCCAGAUGUUUGACAUUGUCAUCUGGGUGACUGUGUCAAAAUCUUGGUCUGUGGAGAAGUUACAAGAUGCGAUCAGACAACGGCUAAACUUGAAAUUUGAUGGGCCUCUAAACCCUAUUGAAACUGCGCAGAGGAUCUCAAAAGAGUUGGAGAACACAAGGUACUUGUUGCUACUCGAUGAACUCUGGGGAUCGAUUGAUCUAGCUGAAAUAGGCAUCCGUGAUAAUAUAAAAGAUAGCAGGGUGGUGUUGGCAAGUAGAUUCCGCCAUGUAUGCUGUGAGAUGAACGUUGAUGAGCUCGUUAAUGUGAAGCGAUUAUCUGAUGUUGAUGCAUGGAGAAUCUUUGAAGAAAAAGUGGGAAGAGAUUUAAAGCUCCCGGGCAUUAAACCGAUAGCACAACAGGUGGUGAAAGAGUGUGUUGGGCUUCCACUGUUGAUUGAUCGGGUGGCACGAGCCUUUAAAAAGAAGGACAAUGUGCACCUUUGGAGAGAUGGGCUGCGGAGCUUGCGGCGGUGGCCAAGUGUUAGGAUCCAAGGCAUGGAUGAAGUGCUUGAAUUUUUACGGUAUUGCUACGAGGACUUGGAUAGUCAUGACAAAAAAUUCUGCUUUUUGUACGGUGCUUUGUUUCCCGAAGAUUGCGAGAUUUUUGUGGAUUAUUUGCUCGAAUGUUGGAAAGCUGAAGGAUAUACUGAUGAUCCGAAGUUUAGAGAUGCUCGAGAUAGGGGUCACAAUAUAUUGCAUGAUCUGGUCAGCGUAUCUUUGCUAGAGAGGAGUGAGAAGAGGAAACACAUUCGAAUGAACAAAGUAAUCCGAAGCAUGGCCCUCAAAAUUUCUUCUCAAAGCAGAGAUGAUAAGGUUCUGGUGAGAACUUCUGAGGGGUUACAAGAACCUCCGAACGAGGGAGAAUGGGGAUGUCUUAAUCGGAUUUCUUUGAUGGACAACAAGCUGUGCAGAUUACCAGAUGAACCAAAUUGCGAUAAUCUCACUACUUUAUUAUUGCAAAAGAAUCGUGAUUUGAUCGCCAUUCCUGAUGCAUUUUUCUUGCACAUGCAAAGUCUUCGUGUUUUAGACUUGCAUGAAACUGGGAUUACGUCUCUCCCGUCCUCUUUAUCUCGUCUGCAUUCUCUCAGAGCACUUUAUCUAAACUCCUGCGUAGCUUUAUUGGAGCUUCCUCCUUGCUUGGAAUUCUUACAGCAUCUGGAGGUCCUAGACAUUCGAGGAACUGGUAUUUGUUGUUUGCCUUCUCAGAUUGGGCAUUUAACUCAGUUGAAAUGUUUGCGCAUGUCAGUGUCAAAUUUUGGCUUGGGAAACCCAAACAAGGGACAAACGAGGAUAAUGGAAAUUAAUCAGUUUGGAAUUUCAAACCUUUUGAUGCUAGAAGAAUUGAUUGUGGAUGUCAACCCUUACAGCAGACAGUUGGAUGAGAUUUUCAAGAUUGUUACAGAGCAGGUGGCUACCUUUCCACGGUUGAAUUCUCUGACAUUCUUCUUUCCUGAAGUGGACUGCCUUGAGAGGUUUAUCAAGACAAGCCCUUCAUGGAAGGAAACCCAUUUCGCAUUUCAAUUUUUUGUGGGCUACCAUGACUCGCUGAAGUUUCAGAUUCUUGAUUAUUUCGAGUAUCAGAUACACAGAUGCUUGAAAUAUGGAAAAGGUGAGGGCCAACAUCCUGUAAUUUCUGAGGUACUUCGAGAGACCAAUGUUGUCGAACUGACUGGGCACAGGAACUUUUUAAGCCUCUCGGAUUUUGGGAUGGAGAACAUGAGUAAUCUCCGAGGUUGUUGGCUCGAAGAUUGUGAGGAUAUUGAAUGUAUAGUCGAUGGCAAUUCAACAAGCACUCUAGCUUUGGAAUCGUUGGAGAGGAUGCAUAUAAGUAAUGUUCCUCAAUUGCGCAGCAUAUGGAAGGGCCCUGUACAAGCUGGAAGCUUAGGCCAAUUAACAAGUUUGAUCUUGUACAAGUGUCCUAAGCUAAAGAAUAUAUUCACUGGUGGGUUGAUUGAACAACUGUCUCAACUCCAUCACCUGAGCGUCGAAGACUGUGACGAAAUUGAAGAGAUCAUUGUGGAGUUGAACAGCCCCAAUUUGGACCCAAAUACACUCCCCGGUCUGAAAACUAUUGUGCUUCAACAACUUCCUGGAUUGAGGAAAAUCGCCACUAGUAGCUCAUUGAGGUGGCCAUCUCUGGAAAAGAUCAAGAUAAUUUCAUGUCCAUUCCUAUCAAGGCUACCCUUCACUGCAAACAACGCGAGCAAGUUGAGAUCGAUUGAAGGGGAGCAAACGUGGUGGGGCUCAUUGAAUUGGGAAGAAGGUGAGAACAAGCACAGGUUUGAGUCUCUUUGCAUAUUCGUUUAGUUAUCUCCUUUGAGGUAACCUUGUGGUGUGUGUAUUUGAAUGUUUAAACAAACUUUGUUUUUGGGAUUGCGUUUGUAACCAUGUAUAGAGUAUGAAUUUUUGAAUUCCUGUUGUAUAAGCAUGACUUCUUGGUCCUUCAAUAGGGGCGGGAAGAUUGAUGUACUAGACUUGGUUUGUAGAACUCUGUCGCUUGUUGGUAUUCUGUAUGAUGGCUGUUAUAGUUAAUUGACAUGUUAAUAAUAAAGUGGCGGUGUUUGUUGCUCCGGCCAAGAUA